CUGGUGUUAAAGCAUUUUAUACAUAAACUGAUGAUGAUGAAAAUGGAUGUAAAAGUAGCAUGAAAAUGAAGUACUUUCGGUAAAGUUCAGUUACGUUGGCACCUUCAUCCAGUUUGACCUGAACCCAAACACGUCAAGUCAAGUGUUGACAUGAAAGACGGGAGGCGGCGCUUUCAUAAUCUCAGGCUCAGAGUAUAAGAGGGCCCCUAAGCCCUGACUGGCCCUCACAGCAAGCCUAGCAUAGAAGUCCACUCAUCUGCUAGACAGAGCACUGCUGCUCACAUCCACCCGUUUGGCUGUUCUUCAAGCAGCUGAUUUCACCACGAAGACUACACUUCUAAGAGGUGUCCUAAAGCCAACAGCCUACACACACGUCACAUAUAACUGCUCAAAAUGAAUCUUGAGCCACCCAAAGCUGAGAUCAAGUCAGCCACUCGUGUAAGUGGCGGCCCCGCCACCCCACGCAAGGGCCCCCCCAAGUUCAAACAGAGGCAGACUCGUCAGUUCAAGAGCAAACCUCCAAAGAAGGGAAUUCAGGGCUUUGGUGAUGAUAUCCCCGGCAUGGAGGGCUUGGGCACAGAUAUCACCGUCAUCUGCCCAUGGGAGGCCUUCAAUCACCUGGAGCUGCACGAGCUGGCCCAGUACGGCAUCAUCUGAGCCUUCCCACGCCUCGCCGCAAUCCAACGAGGAUUACAGGCCAUGCACUUCAAACCAUCUGCCUCAGGCUCCAUCUCAAACCUGUAAAUGGAACUACUCUAAACAAACUAACAUAACGAUGAACUGUAACAAAGACAAAAAAUGGAAAAAGAGAAAAAAAUCUACCAAAAAAAGAAAUCUUUCUGUUCUCUAACUGGACUCUUCUUCUGGCUGCAGCUCACACACAUCUGCUCGUGUUUAGCAUCUGUCUCUUCGAUUCUCUUCACUUGGUAGAUCUGCUCCGUUAAUUCCUGACAACAAACUCACUUUCUCCUCUUUCGCUCUUUCUUUUCCUCUUUUCUUCUUCUCACUGUCAAAACAAGAAACUUACGCAAGCAAGACAGCCUCACUGUGAGUUUAAGUGAUAAACCCGUGAAGUGGGUGGGCUCCCACUUCAUGUGCCUCGGCGCCUCUUUCACCAUCCCAGAGGCUUCUUCCAUCAACGCCGAACGUAUAAAAUCCUAAACCUGAAUUCUGUAGGGAGCAGACACCAGCUUGCCAUUGCUGAGCGUAACUUUUCAGUGGGACAACCGUGAAUCAGAUAUCCCUCUUUUCCCUCUGUUUUUCCCUUUUAACUGCACCUAACUUUGCCAUAACUCAGAAAACAUCACGUUUCUAAAAUUCCGUACUUCUUUUAAGAUGUGGGAGUCUGCUGUUAGGCGAUGCAUGACAUUUAGCAGAGACAUCUGCCCUAAUUUUACUGCAUAGACUAAGUUUAACCACUUUAAAAUUAUUUCAGCAGAUAACUGUCCAGAGAAUCUGAAUUUCUUCAUCUACCAGUAGUGUGUAUGUGUGUCAGUUUUCACACUAAUUCUGCCAUCAUGUUCACAGUAGCUUUCUCUUUAUUUGUACAUCUCCCUUGUAUAAUAUUGGUGUAUAUGUCUUGUAUAUUCAUUGUAUGUUUAUUUCUGUUACUUUCACACAUUUGUGAACCCUGUUUGUUUAUUUUGUGGAAAGAAGCUCAUUCUUAUAACUCUCAAUUGUUGUUCUAAUGUAGAGUAGCACAUUUUACAUGUUUCCACUUUGUCAUUAUCUUCCAUCCAUCCCCCAGUGUUUCAAUUCUCUUUAAUUUCCUCUCCAUAUCCUCUUCCUCGUCACCCCUGUGAGCCGCACAAUUACUCUACUCCAGAAAACGAGACAAGAGGAGCUGAUGAUACGAAUCUAGUGAUGGAAGAGUUGUGUUGUUUUAGUGAAAGAUGGCAGAGGGAUAAGUGGGAUGGAUGUUUAAGUAUCUGUCUGAUGAAAUGUGCAAUGGAGCAAUGUCCUCUCUACAGGACGACGGGA